UCCAAUGGCCGCUGCGGCCGGCGCACUGCACUGAUCUGAAGCCAGGAGCCAGGCACUUCUUCCUGGUCUCCAAUGCGGGUGCAGAAGCCCAAGCACUUGGGCCAUCCUCCACUGCCUUCCUGGGCCACAGCAAAGAGCUGGACUGGAAGAGGAGCAACUGGGACAGAAUCUGGCGCCCCAACCAGGACUAGAACCCGGGGUGCCGGUGCUGCAGGCAGAGGAUUAGCCUAGUGAGCCGUGGUGCCGGCCUAAAUAAAUCUUUAAAACAAUAAAAAGUAGACAUUCUGGAUGGUAUUAGACACUUUGCAUAUUAAAUAUUUCCCAGUUGCCUUCCAGAAAGUUUUUAUGAAAUUAUUUUCCCUAGGAAAUGUGAUUACCUUCUUACUACAUCUUUGUCAAGCCUGGUUACUUAAAUAUUUUACUUACUUACUUGCAGGUAGAUACAUAUAGAGACAGGGAAUGCUCUUACCUGCCGGUUCACGUCAGUUGGGGAUGGGCUAGGUGAAAUGGGUGAGUUGGGAAUGAAAUCUGGAACUCCCAUGUGGCAGGAACAUAAGUGCUUGAGCCAUCACCUGUUGCCUCCCAGGCUGCACAUUAACAGGAGUCAGGAGCCAGAGCGAGAAAUCGAACACAGCUACUCCUUUUGGGGUACGGGGUAAGUCUACCUGCAGGCUGAGGGCCUGCCCCAGCUGUGGUUAUUUGAAUUCUUUUGAACUUUUGAGCUGAUCUGAAACCAGGAGCCAGGAGCUUCUUCCAGGUCUCCCACACAGUGCAGGGAUCCAAGCACUGGGGCCAUUUUUCACUGCUUUCCCAGGCUAUCAGCAGGGAGCUUGAUCAGAAGAGUGGCAGCUGGGACACGAACUGGCCCCUAUAUGGGAUGAUGGCACCGUAGGCAGAGGCCCAACACACUAUGCCACAGCACCUGCUCCUCAUAAACUAUUUUUGUGAUUAUACAAUUUUAUAUAUCCUUGUUAUAGAAUGUUUUAGAAAAUGCAGGAAGUUAUGAAGAAAGAAGCUUAAACAUGCAAUAAUUUCAUCAUUGAAUGAACCCUCAAUAAAUAGCUUGUGUAUUUCUAUCCAGUCCUUUGCCUUUGCAAAAUAGUCAAUGUACUUACAUCUAUGGACUAGUGAAUUAUGACUACAUUCUAUAUCAAAUGCUGCAGUAUGCUUUGGGGGGCUUACCAUCCAUUAUGUAAGACUUCUGUUAUUAAAAACCCUUAAAAACUUUUAAAAGAUUUAUUUUAUUGGACCGGGAAGUAGCUAAAGUUUGGGCGAUGGCGAUUCUGGAGGCCUUGUUCCGGGGCCGACUGGAGGCUACGGUCCCCCCGCGAUAGACCGAACCUGAGUGGCCAGCUCUAGGGCCCCGAGGGUUGGAGGGGUCCAAGACGCCCAGCAGCACCAUGCAGGUGAGCUUUGUGUGCCAGCGCUGCAGCCAGCCCCUCAAGCUGGACACGAGCUUCAAGAUCCUGGACCGGGUCACCAUCCAGGAGCUCACAGCUCCAUUACUUGCCACAGCCCAGGUCAAACCAGGAGACCCCCAGGAGGAAGAGGCUAACUCAGGAGAGGAAGCAUUUAUUGAAACUCGCCAGGAUGGUUUCUCUCGCAGAUUCAUGCCCCCAGCCAGGGUGAUGUCUACAGAAAGUGCCAACAGCUUCACUCUGAUCAGGGAGGCGUCCGACAGCAGCACCAUGGAGAACCUCAGCCGAAGACUGAAGGUCACUGGGGACCUUUUUGACAUCAUGUCGGGCCAGACAGACGUGGAUCACCCACUGUGUGAGGAAUGCACGGAUACUCUCUUAGACCAGCUGGACACUCAGCUCCAUGUCACCGAAAAUGAGUGUCAGAACUACAAGCGCUGUUUGGAGAUCUUGGAGCAGAUGAACGAGGUUGACAGUGAGCAACUGCAGAAGGAGCUGAGGGAGCUGGCCCUGGAGGAGGAACGGCUGGUCCAGGAACUGGAAGAUGUGGAAAAGAACCGCAGAACGGUGGCAGAAAACCUGGAGAAGGUCCAGGCUGAGGCUGAGUGGCUGGAUCAGGAGGAAGCUCAGUACAGAGAAUACAGUGAAUUUAAACGACAACAGCUGGAGCUGGAUGAUGAGCUGAAAAGUGUGGAAAAUCAGAUGCAUUAUGCCCAGAUGCAGCUGGACAAGCUGAAGAAGACCAACGUCUUCAAUGCGACCUUCCAUAUCUGGCACAGUGGGCAGUUUGGCACAAUCAACAACUUCAGGCUGGGCCGCCUGCCCAGUGUUCCUGUGGAAUGGAAUGAGAUUAAUGCUGCUUGGGGCCAGACAGUGUUGCUGCUUCAUGCCCUGGCCAAUAAGAUGGGUCUGAAAUUUCAGAGGUAUCGACUGGUGCCCUAUGGAAAUCACUCGUAUCUGGAGUCUCUGACAGACAAAUCUAAGGAGGUGCCAUUAUACUGUUCUGGGGGGUUGCGGUUUUUCUGGGACAAGUUUGACCAUGCAAUGGUGGCUUUCCUGGACUGUGUGCAGCAGUUUAAAGAAGAGGUUGAAAAGGGCGAGACACGUUUUUGUCUUCCAUACAGGAUGGAUGUGGAGAAAGGCAAGAUUGAAGACACAGGAGGCAGUGGCGGCUCCUAUUCCAUCAAAACCCAGUUCAAUUCUGAGGAACAGUGGACAAAAGCUCUCAAGUUCAUGCUGACAAACCUCAAGUGGGGUCUUGCUUGGGUGUCCUCACGAUUUUAUAACAAAUGACUUUUUCGUUAGGGGAUGUUUGCCUUAAAGGCUUUAAAAUUUGUUUUGUUUGCAGAAAGUUUAAAUUUGGGUAACAUUAAACAACAUAUGUUUACAAUACCAAAAAAGAAAAUCCACAAAAGCCACUUUAUUUUCAAGUAUCAGAUGACAGUCUCCUGAGCUACCACAUGCCAUGUACAGCACCGACCCUUGUCACAGUUUUGACUCUUAUCCCAUGCCUGCCUUUCCCUCUCUCCCCUGAAAACAACUAAUUUAAUUUUGUGGGUUUUUUUUUUUUUAAGCUGAGUUGAACUGAGAUUGACGUGUUCUCACUGGACUUUAGCUCUCUCGACUUCCUGCACUUAAAAUACGAAAUAGAAACUUCUGUCUCCACUGAGAGACACGUUGGAGGCACACAGUUGGAUAAUGUGGGAAAUGACAUCUAAGCUUUGUCUGGUCACCGUGUGAUGUGCUCAGACUCUGAAACUGAACACUUCUCCCUCAGUUCUAGUCCUGAAUGUCUACUCUGCUCCGUGUUAGCGAUAUGAAGUGGUGUUUGAUACUGUUUGAGACAUUAUUGAGAGAUUUAAUUAUUUGUAAUAAAAGAUUUGCUACAGGCUGAAAAAAAAAGAUUUAUUUUAUUUAUUUGAAAGAGUUACAGAGAGAGGUAUAGACAGAGAGAGAAGUCUUCAUCUGCUGGUUCACUCCCCAGUUGGCUGCAAUGGCCAGAGCUGUGCUAGCCCAAAGCCAGGAGCCAGGAGCUUCUUCAGGGUCUCCCACAUGGGUGCAGGGGCCCAAGGACUUGGGCCAUCUUCUGCUUUCCCAGGCUAUAGCAGAGAGCUGGAUCGGAAGUGGAGCAGCUGGGUCUCGAACCAGAACCCAUAUGUGAUGCCAGCGCUUCAGGCCAGGGCUUUAAUCCAACUGAACCACAGCACUGGCCCCCAAAAUCUUUUUUUUCUAAUGAGCAAAUCCAAAUUUAUUUUAACUCCAUGUCAUUUUCAAAGUGUUCUAAAACCUCUUAAAUUAGUGGGAGCCCUAGUUCCUUGGGACAGCAUGCUGGAAGUACAGAAGUUUGUCACCUUUCUCUACAGUUCCCCAGCAUUUCAUCCAAUCCAAGUCCAAAGCUUCAGAAAGCCGGGAGUUGUCUCUUCAGUCUACUCUGCUGGUUCCUGAUUUUUCUUCCAAGGGAAGGAGGUCAACAUAUUUCAUACAGGGAACAAAACCACAGUUGAGCUUCCAGCUUAGGUGUGUGUAAGAUGGAAUGGGGAAAGACCCCACUGACUCCACAGAAAAGGACACAGUGGAGAUGGAUUACUUCUUUACAGCCUUGUGAAAAUGAGGAAAAAAAGGGGGAAAAAAAAGAUCCUGAGAUGCUGCAGAACAUAAAUGAUUAAAAAAAUUUACAAAUGAGGAUCCAUUUGAUAGAUAAGAAUCUCUUCAUAAAUGGAAGCUCUGCCCCUACAAAUGGGGGGCCUUAGGAGACAGCCAGGAUCUGAUGAGCAAUCUGCCACCAUGUAAAUAAAAAUCUGAAGAACAGCUCCUGUUAAUGUUGAGGCCAGACAAAAUGGUAGGAGAGUGGGAAAAGAGAAAAAAGUCCUGAACAGAUGGGGAAAUGCUGCCAUUGGAGUGGUAUAAAAAAAUCCCAGCUGAAUUUAUAAUGGUGGUGGGUGAUUUAGCCUCCUCUCUGUUCUGUUGUAGGGCCACAGACCUUGACCAAGCAGAGAAUUGUAGACAAAGAUAGAAAGAGGGGCUUGAAGAUGGUGGAUUUUGACUCCUGAUGUUAUUGUCCAAUUGCUUUUUCCUACUUAAAGUAGACUUCGGUGGCUGGGAAGCCUAGCCUUCCAAGACCAGAAUCGGUGUGAGUCGGUGGUUAUGGGAAGGG